CUCUGCAUGCAAGCAUAAAGGGAAGUGGCAUUGUACUUAAAAUACGAAAAUAAACUCUUGUUUUAUUAAGAUUCUUCUGUAAAGUUUUAUUGCAAUGGAAGCAAGCAGAGAGGAAGCGCUUCGCUGUGUAAAUCUGGCUAAAAAGUACUUAAGUGCAGGUGAUUAUCAAAAAGCGUCCAAGCUUGCUGAUAAAUCAACACGAAUCCUUCCUACAUCAGAAGCAGAAGACUUCAAAAGGUAUAUGGCAAAAGAGAGGACUUCUGGUAAAAAGGAAGCUUCUGCCGCAUCAACUGGAUCUAAUAAUGCUACAUCAACAAUGCGAGAGAGAACCCCUAAUGCAUCGAAAAGCAAUGAUUCUUCUCAGACAUCGUAUACGCGUGAACAGGUAGAAAUUGUUCAGAAAAUCACGAAAUUAAAAGCGCAUGAAUAUUACGAGAUUUUAAACUUGAAAAAGGAUUGCAAUGACAUAGAGAUCAAGAAAUCAUACCGGAAACUUGCGCUGCAAUUACACCCAGAUAAAAACCACGCACCUAAUGCUGACGAAGCUUUUAAAAAGGUUUCCAAGGCGUUUCAGGUGCUUUCAGACCCAAACAUGAAGGCACACUACGAUCGUACUGGGCUUGAUCCAGAAUCACGAGCCAGCGCUUCUAGCUCUUCGUUUUCUGAGCGAGCUGGUCCAGGCUUUCAGGGCUUUUCUGCCUAUCCACAAGCGAAUAUGUCACCCGAAGAUCUGUUCAAUUCGUUCUUUGGUGAUCAAUUCUUUGCUGGAGGGCCAAAUACAUUCUUCUUUGGCGGACCUGGAGUCCGUGUUCAUCAAUUCGGAGGUCGUCCUCGGAGGUUCCGUAGGCAGCGAGCCGAAGAUACUAGCAACAAGAGUGUUUUUUAUCAAAUUCUCCCCAUCAUCAUCAUCGUUAUUUUUGCAUUUUUGUCUAAUUUUAGUUCUUUGGACGGUAAUACAUCCGUCCGUGCUGGAUACUCGUUUGUACCUACAGAAAAGUAUUCUGCUCAAUAUGUUUCUCCCAACUACAAGGUCCCGUUUUAUGUCAACCCUAAACAGUACAACUCUUUGUCUUCUCGAGAUUCUUAUAGACUUGCUAAUAAGAUUGAGCAACAGUAUGCGGAAAAAGUGCACGCUGAGUGUAUUCAAGAAAGAGAGUACAAGGAGAAUCAAAUUCGAAAAUCGUAUGGCUGGUUCUUUCCCGAUGCAGAGAAGUUAAGCAGGGCGAAAGAAAUUCCUUUGCCUCGUUGCGAUGAAUUUUCUAGGCUCAGUUAUCAUAAACCUUUUUCUAAUUAUUACUACUACUAAGUCUAAUACUUUAAUUCAACACUUUGAUUCAUUGGCUUUUUUCAUUCGUUAUCGUUUUCCCUUUCGAUGAUUUACUUUUACCUAAGUACAUAAUGAUUGCGAAUUUGUAUAGAAUAGAAGGACGGAUAGAAACUUGAGAUUUCCUUUUGGCACCCUUUCACUUCGUUUUCAAGCUUAACUCUUCAAGUCGUUACUGCGACUAGUUCGUUCUCUUUUUGAUGAUUUUUCCCUUGUUCCAUUAAUGACUUUGGGAUUAUUAACUAAUUUGGAAUAUUGCGUUUUGCAACCUUACAUUGCUAUUCGGUUGGUCACUUAUUUUCUUCGGUUUAAUAAUUCCACUCUAUAAAAAUCAUUAUCGACUUUAUUCCUAUCGGUUUUGGUUUUGGUUUCACAAUGUACCAGCAUUUUGUCGAAUUUGUUUAAUAGUUUACUACUUUAAAGAAUCUAAAUGCCAUGCUACAUAGAUGUGAAACUCGUCUAUCUGUAUUCGAAUAUUUGAAUAUUUUCAUUUCUUUCUUCUCGCUACAUGAGACUGUUAUUACAAAACAAACAAUGUAUGAACCUAUUUUUAAACAUUUCAUGAAUAAAC